AUGUCAGAUUCCAACACAACUGAAUUGAUGAACCCCUCCACCUUCAUCCUGAUGGGCAUUCCUGGCCUGGAGGCAGUCCACGUCUGGAUCUCCAUCCCCUUCUGCACCAUGUACACCAUCGCCGUCUUGGGGAACUUCACUGUCCUGUGCAUCGUGAAGAGGGAGCCGAGCCUCCAUGCACCCAUGUACUAUUUCCUCUGCAUGCUGGCUGUCACCGACCUGGUCCUGUCCACCUCCAUCCUUCCCAAAAUGCUGAGCAUCUUCUGGUUCAAUUCCAGGGAGAUUGAUUUCAGGGUCUGCCUCACCCAGAUGUACUUCAUUCACUGCUUCUCAGUGAUGGUAUCUGGGAUCCUUGUGGCCAUGGCUUUUGAUCGCUACGUGGCCAUCUGCCAUCCCCUGAGACAUUCCACCAUCCUGACAUGCCCCCUGGUGGCCAAGAUUGGCCUGGCCGUGGUUCUGCGCAGUGGCAUGGUCGUACUGCCCUUUCCCAUCCUAGCGAGGCAGUGGCCAUAUUGCAGAACCAACGUCAUCCCCCAGCCGUACUGCGCACACAUAGCUGUGGUGAGCCUGGCCUGCGCCGACACCCGUGUUAGUAGUUACUACGGCCUCUUUGUGUUAUUCUGUGUGUUGGGUCUGGAUGGCAUUUUUAUUGCCGUAUCCUAUACCCAGAUCCUCAGGGCCAUCUUCAGCCUCCCCACAAAAGAUGCGCGGCUCAAGACUUUGGGGACCUGUGGCUCCCACAUUUUUGUCAUUUUAGCCUUUUUGAUCCCCAGUCUCAUCAUGUCCCUCAUGCACAGAUUUGCCCAAAAUGUGCCCCUGCAUUUCCACGUUCUCAUUGCCAAUGUGUACCUCUUGCUGCCCCCCGUGUUAAACCCCAUCAUCUAUGGGGUGAAGACCAAAGAGAUCCGGGUAAGGCUGCUCCAUCUGUUUACUCAUACAGGGGCCUAA